AUGCAAAACUGGACAGGAUUCUUUAAAACAGCUAAAUUAGACGAUGGCACUGUGGUAUUUGCCGCUCCAAUGGACCAAAAGGCUAAAUUACAUGUAGUCGAUAUCGAGGAUACAGGCCCCAUUAUUCGAGAAAUCUUGAACGAUCCAGAGAAAUUCGUUGGGCAAGAUGUUUGUAUUUGUGGCGAAGCAAUUGCAUUUGAAGAUCUGCCAAAACUUUUUACGAAAGUAACCGGUGUUCCAGCUAUAUCAAAAACACUAACGGAAGAAGAAUUUCGAUCAGCAUUGAAACAAAUGCAAAUGUCGAAAUUCGUCCAAGAUGAAUUAGUUGAUAUGUAUAAAUGGUUUGAAGAAUAUGGUUAUUAUGGCAAAGAUAAAGAUUGGACAAAUGGACAAAAGUUAACGAAAUUGAAUACAAUUGAGCAAUGGUUGAAGAAAACGGGGUGGAAAGGUGAUUAG